UUACUUGUAAUUUGUUUUGUUUUGGUAUUUAUGUGGGUUUUUGAUUAACUUUUCAAUUAAAAACGCAGAAUUUCAUUCACUAGAAAUACUAGUGACAUGAUAUUCUAAAAUUGAAAUUUAUUUCUUCAAAAUGACGAGUUCUUAAGAGCUCUCUUUUCAAGGAUUUAAUGCAUACCAUAAGUGACAGGGUUCUGCCCGUAGUAAUUUAUAGAAAAUUGGCCAAAUGAUGGACUCCAUCUCUGGAAGCUGGAGUGAAAUUCUUGAAGAAAUGCUUCCUCGAAAUGAGUGUGACAUCUGCAUUCCUCCAUUAGACAUAGGACCACCUCCACCUCUACCAGCCAAUUUUCAAGAUAAAGCUAUUUUAUCUGGCAGUUGCAAUGUCUGCAGUGUGCUUUCAGAAGUGGAGAUGCGACCAAUACAGGUAACAGAUGCUUCAUUAUUACCGGUUGCAGCAACAUUUGUGGUUGGAAUACUGUUUGUCUUCGUAACUGUAAUAGUACUUCUUUUGAAGAUCAAAAAAUGUCAAGCAUUUAUGCCCCAAGCUGUGUGCUGGAUAUUUCCACGUAAUGUUCUUCCUCACACAGAGCUUGCUCCAAGUUCUCUCCCUAGUCCUUCUCCCAGUAUGGAAAAAUUGAAGGAUUCAGGAAAACGUCAAUGGCACAUGUCCUCUCGCUCAUUGCAAUCUGAAAACAUAUAUGAAGUCUGCUCUCCUCCUUCUCCAGAUUCUCUGUAUGAAGAAGUUGGACCUGGGCCAAGGUCAGAAUGUAGCCCAUAUGGAGUUGUCAUGGUAGAAAAUUCAUUCAAUUCUAAUAUGAAUAAGUCAAGACCCAGCUAUGGCUCAGAUUUGGCCCAAGAUUGCUUGGCUGGAUCUCGUUUCCAGCCUCAUUUAAUGCGCAACAUCAAUUUGCCGAAUUCAAGAUUUUCUACUUUUGGAGGUAGUGCGCAUGGCUUUGUUAACCCUGUAGUUCAGGAUGCACAUGUAACUAGCUCGCAAACCUUGAGAUCGAGUUUUCGACCUAGAAAUUCACCUGGGCCUGGAGGUUAUGUACAAAAACGGGAAUUACCUCCAGUUCCUGGUGAUAACUACUAGGAGAAUGAAAGAGAGUAUUGUUUUAUUAUUAUUAAUUAGUUUAAAAUAUAUAGUAUUUUGAAGUGGACAGCAAAAAUAAAAUUUAUUUAUUAUCUCAUUUGAUCUGCUUAAUAUUUCAUUAAAGAUGGAGAAAAAAAAAUCUUUCAACAAUUUUUUUUCUUAAGUUAUUCCAGUCAAACUUCACUAUAAGGUUUCCAAAGAAAUGAAUUACAAUUCAUUAUUACCGGAAAAUGGUGAAAUUAAAUCAUAAUUAUCUACAAAUAGUUGUAUUUAAUAAUAUUUUCUUGAAAAAUCUCUGUUUAUGUUUAAUGCAAUGUUUUUAAUACAGUUUGCUCCUUUUCAGUUUCAUAUUAAUAUAGUAAUUAUAUUUUAUAUAAUAAGUACAAAUAAUGUGGCCGUACCUUUUCUUCAAAAUAUAUGUAAUUUAUAAAAGAAUGAAUGCUACAUGAAUUUGUCAUUUAUACUUUGAAGGUUUUAAAUGUUUUGGUAGUGAAUUUAAAAAUGAGUGAGAAAAAAGUUCAACUUAAACUUGAAAAGAUGAAUCUGUUUUCUAUAAAUAGUAAUGGUUUGAAUUUUUUUGAAGCAUAUGCUGAGUAUUCUAAAAGUAAUAAAAUUAAAUAUUUACUCAAAGUAUUGGUAAAUAUAAGUUUUUAGAAUAUCAUGCAAAAAAAAAAAUGGAACGACUAAAAAUAAUACGGAUUAAUUAUGUUCAAAAUUUACUGUAAUUGGGGUUUGACUGAAAUUUUUAUAAUAAUAUGGUCUUAUUUUUAUGACAAUUUAUUUCAGAUUUCAUAUUUAUAUAGUUGCAUCAGCAUCUUUGACUGUGUUAGAAUUUGUUAUAUAUUUUUAUGUAUAGAUGUUCCUUUAUAAUCUCAUUUUAUAUUUGUGCUGACUUUAUUGUAAGUUUAUUUAUUUUUCUAUAUGUAUGUUAUUACUAUUUUCUUUUUUUAUGUGUGGUGAGUACUUAAAAGGUUUUUACACUAAACGAGAUAUCUGCUUAGUUGAAUGGCACAUGUAAUGAAUACAUGUUAAACAAUAAAAAUAAAAAUUAGUGAUUGCAGUUAAUGAAAUCUGUAUGCUCAAAUUUCGCUAUUGUGAAUAUACACUUUUUCUAUGCAAAUUAGGAUUUUUUAUGCAUAUGUAUAUGUUGAUGCAUAAAAAUGAAAACUACAUAUUUUGCCUUAAAAGUCUUGAUGUCAGCAGUGUGCAAUAUGUUUAUAUUUUGUGACAAUUUUCAUUAAUAAGAGAAAGAAUGGAAGAUUUACUUCUAUCAGAUACGAAAAAAAUUAUUUCCGUAGUUUUUAUACUUUUAUUGUGAAAUUAAUUAUAAGCUGUGUACUUUGAGAUUAUUCAUAUUGUGUCUUAAAUUAUUUUUGGUGAAUAUUAAACUGAAUAAUAUAGACACAUAUUCUCUGAAUCUGUUAAUGAAAAGUUUCUGCUUGGCAAGAGACGACAUUUCUUUUAAUUACAUCUUUGUAAUUUUAUUUGUGAAAUUAUAACCAUGUUUGAUAUCUUUAAAAUAUUUGAAGAUUUAUUAAGUUAAUACAAUAAAUUUUGAUAAUUCAAUAAAUUUUUGAUUGCAUAAUUUUCACUUAGAAAAUUUUUUAUACGAUGUGGUGGUUAUAUUUUGAAAUGCAAUUGAUUUGAAUUGCUUUUAACCAAAGUCUAUGCUUUUUUUUUUUAAUUUGCUUUUAAAAUAAAAUAUUUUCUUUUCUUUUUCUUAUAGAUUUUGUUUUGCAUAUCCUCAUAUAAUUUCAUUUGAAAUUGGGAUAUGCAUUUUAUAUAUUUAAUAAAACUUUUUUUUAAGUUUAAUUAAUACUGAUAUAUUUCAGAAUUUUAUUUUAUGUUUCAUUCUUUUUCUCCCACCUUUUUAACACCAUACAGAAAUUAUUGCAUUUAAAUACAUUUUGACAUUUUCAAAAUGUCAAAAUAAAGUGAGUUGCAUAAAACAGGUUAAACAUUUUUGUAAGAAAUAAAUUAUAAUUGCUGUUUGUGAAAUGAUUUUCUAGUUGCUCAAACUGCAUUGUUUAUCCCGCCUUAUUUAACUAUGCAAUUUUAAUAACACAUAUUUCUAUUAGAAAUAUUUAUGGUACUUGCAUUUGUAUGCAACCAAUACUUAAGACAUAUACAAUGACACUGGUUAGCACCAGAAACAUGAUUUAUUUUUGUAGUUUAAUACUUAUUUUACUUGUUACUAUAUGCUACUAACAGAAUGGUUAAUAUUUUAUUGUUAUAUAUAUAACAAGUGGCUUUCAUAUUUAACGGUAAUUUUCUGGAUAAUUUCAAUUUUUUUUUUUUUUUAAUGAAUGUUAGAAAAUAAUAGGUUGCUUUGUGAUGAUUGUAAGUGUUGUAUUUUUUUUAAAACAUUGCCUUUUGUCUAAACAAUUUUGUAAAAAUUUGUGAUUGAUACUUAUUUAAACUAUGCAAUUUUACAACAAUGAACUGAAUUUUCUUCUUAGAAAUAAAAAAAUGUUAAAUAUAUAGUAAAUGAUGUUAUUGUCCUGUAUUUUACCUGAUAUGUUGUAGAGUUAUUUUUAUGUUUUUGCCAUUUAAGUGUUUAAUUUUACUUUCAUUUCCUAGCUUAAUGUUGAAUGUUUUUAAUUGUUAUUUAUUAAUAUAUACUACACUAGCUUUGCAAACUUCUAAACAUUUUUAUUGACAUUGAAGUUUAUAGUAAUCAAUUUCAGUUUAUGUAUCAAAAAUUGUAGCAUUUGAUGUAUAGUAUUUGAUUAAAUUAAAAUGUCUGUUGUAAAUGUCAUGAAAAGUUUUUAAAAUCUUUUUUGUAAUAUAUGUCACAACUGCCAUGCUGUUUGCUUUUGGAUUCCAAUGCAUUUAAUUAAUUGUGCCAAACAUUAAAAGUGAAGCAGUGAACAUUGUUUUUCAUUGCUGCUGUAUAAUUAAUUAGAUUUAUAAUCUUGUAUUAAAAGGUAUUAUUUUGAUUUUUGUAAUUUUAUGAAGUUCUGCAAGAUACUGAAUUAGCACAGUAUAAAGCAGAAAUUUACAUCUGAAAUCACAAAAUUUUAAAUGUGUUUGACUCUUUUGUCAUCAUUUUCACAAUAAAUUUUUUUAUUGCUGCGAUUUAUCUUGCAUGCAAAUAUGAUUUUGACCUCAUUAUUAUUGAUUUGAUAUUAUUUAUUUCUAAAUUGUGUUUUAAAUUAUAGAAGCUCUCUCUUUCCUAUUAAGAGUGUUAUUAGAUGUCAGGUUUAUGCAUUUGUAGAAAUGAGAUCUUUGUCAUUAAAUGUGUGCUUUGAUAUUGGUAAAGUCUGUAGAUUAGUAUAUCCAAUAUGUAGUUAACGCAUAAUGCUUUUAUAUCUAAAAUAGAUUUUUAGAAUGCAGUUUUAUCACAUUACUCCAAAUUCAAUUAAUAUUUAAAAAUGAAUUCCCAUUUUCUGCAUAUAAAAGCCAUAUAUGUAUAUAUAUUCCAAAUUAUUAGUUAUGCUAUUUUUGAAACAAUUACUUUGGGAAAAAAAAAUAUUACUUUUUAAUUAUUUGUUUUUAUUACAAUCAAUUGUGCUUUCAUUUUCAAAAAGCACCUUAUCUUUAUCAACAAUAUAUUUAUCCCCAUUUUAUUUGAAACAGUUUAGUGAUUGAAGAUCUACAUUCAGUUUACAAUAAAUCUUAUUAAAAUAAAAUAGUUAUAAACAAAUCAUAUAACUGUUUAUACUGAAUUUCUGUUUUAUAUAAAUUUAAUUGUCAGAGUGUAAAGAUAUUACUCUUGCUGCCAAAUAAAGUGUUAAAUGAAUUAUCGCGUUUUAUCAAAAACGGGUCAUUUUACUUUGAAAAUAGUUAUUCUAAUUUACUAAUUCCUAAUUUGCUUUAUAACGUUUAUUUUUAAAAAUAUUUUCAUUUAGUAUAGUCAAUUUUAUAUUAUGUUUUUGUUUGGAAACAUUCUGUCAAUAAUAUUUUUAUAUUUUCUUUAUGGCAAAAUGCUAGCAAGUUAUAUAUUUCUAAAAAUUCUACAUAAAAGUUUCUUUUUAAUUGAUUCACUGUAAAGGGUUUACUGUUUUUAUUAUUGUGUAUUUUGUAAAUAUUUAUUUUUAUAUAAUUACUUUUUGAAGUUGUUGUUUUGUAUUUUAUUGAUUGCUGCUUCUGCACUGGAGCUGAGGUUUCCACCUGUAGUUAUCUAUGCAAUGUAUUUCUGGUGACAUUAUAAAAGCCAAAUAAUCUAGUCAAUUUUUUUUAGUGCUUGGUGUCCUAACUAUUGUAAAUGCUUGCAUGUUUAUUCUUUGUCACUUUUCACUACUUAUGCUGUAUUUUUAUGAUAAAUAAAAUAGAUAGAAGCUAA